CCCAGCUUUUUCACAAUAGAAUACGUCCGUCAAUUAGAACCGAUGUCUUCGCUGACGCUGUCGCUACCGACGCCCCCCGCGGACGCAAAGGAGUCCAAGGUUGUGCUUGGCCUGGGCGGCUACUUCGCCCAGAAGCGCGUGGAGCCUGUGGGCCGCGCCUUCAACAAGCGCGCCCGUAACAUGGCCCGUGGCCGCUCGGCCAGUUGCGAGGAGCUGGACGACGCCACCAAGGCGCGCGAGACUCUGCGCAAGCAGGAGGAGUCGAUUCUGCGCAAAUACCGCCGCAGUAUCCGCGGCAAGAACUUCUUGGAUCUGACCAUGUACCAGCAGUUGGGCCUGGCCGACGUGGGCUUCGACGUGACGGACGAGCAGGUGAAGAAGGCCUACCACCGUGUGCUGAUCGAGCACCACCCCGACAAAACGGGCAAGACGGAGAAUGACCCCAACUACUUGGCCGUCCAGAAGGCCUUUACCACGCUCAUGGACCCGCAGAAGAAGCGCGCGUACGACUCGCAGUGCGACUUUGACGAGUGGAUCCCCACGGGCAACGAGAAGAUCAAGGAGAACGACGCGAACGGAGAGGGCAAGAGCUUCUACGAGCUGUACGGCCCCGUGUUCACGGCCAACGCCCGAUUCAGCGAGAACAAGCCUGUGCCCGAGCUGGGCGGCGACGAUAAGCCCAUUGACGAGGUGUACGCCUUCUACGACUUCUGGAACAAAUUCGACUCGUGGCGCGACUUUACGCACGACUCGGAGCACGACGUGGACUCAGCCGAGCACCGCGACCACAAGCGCUGGAUGGCCAAGAAGAACGAGGCCGCGGCCAAGAAGAAGAAGAAAAAAGAGUACGCUCGUCUGGCCAGUCUGGUGGACCGCGCGCUGGCCAACGACCCGCGUAUCCGUCGCGUGAAGCAGGAGGAGAAGGACCGCAAGGCCCGUGCCAAGCGCGAGAAGGAGGAGGCGGCCCAGCGUCUCAUUGACGAGGAGAACCGCAAGAAGGAGGAGGCUGAGCGUGCGGUCAAGGAGGCUGAGGAGAAAGAGAAGGAGGCCCGUAAGGACGCCAAGAUGGCCAAGGAGAAGCAGAAGAAGCUGUUCCGUAAGGUCAAGAAGGCCUUCCGCGAGCUCAUGACGGCCGCUCACGAGCAGGGAGUGGAGGGGUCCAUCGACGUCAUCAAGACGGAGGACCUGUGCGACUCGCUCGACAUGGACGCGCUGCAGGCCCUCGUGGCCGCCUGCGGUGGCUCUGCCGACAAGCUGGACGCGUCUGGCCUGGCUGCCGUCAACGAGGCUCUGGCCAAGCUGUAAAGCAGCUACAGCUCGCUGAUUUGAUAGACCCAAAAGAGCAAGAUCUGAUCAGAGUAACUACAGCUUCAUUAACAUACAGGAAAUAUCCGCAUCAAGUUGCAACCGUGUUCAUUUUGCC